UGUUCGCGGGCUCGAAAUUGAACCAAGAUGGCUGCCGAGAAAUGUGUGGAGAUUGUUCAGAGACUUUCAAAUACUUCGGUCCGAGAGUUAAUGAUAACUUUACAAGAUCUUAGUGCCCUUCUAAACAGCCCAUCUUUUAGUCUUCGUGAGAUAGCCCCUCACAUCCCGGUGCGUUUGUUGUUUGGCUGUUUCAGUACAACAAACGAUGAGCAAAUUUCACUGUGCAAAGGAAUUUUGAGCAAAUUGCUGUCUAUAGAGAAGGCAGAUGCAGUUAUAACUCAGUACCACGAUUUCAUUAUCGAAGGUUUGAACCAUCCACAGUCUGAGGUCCGCGAGUUUUGCUUGGGUGAGCUGGAAAGAUGCUCUACAACUGUUAACGGCCUUCUAGCUAUUUUGGACAAUGUGGAUAUCUUGGUUUACACUACUCGUGCUCUAAGCAACGAGAGCCUUGCUUGCGUAAAGCUGGCCUCAAAUACGCUUAUAAACACUGCAAAGCAUGAAUCCGGCCUGGAAAUUCUGUUUCAACAUCUCAUUCAGAGCGAAAUCGAGGAGCUACUGACGCAAAAGGAGGUUAUCCGGUUCAGGGUGUAUGAGCUCAUGGUGACUGUCCAAGGACUCUCUAAAAAAGCUUUUGAGUUAUGUAGGAAAUCAGGUGUUCUAGAAAAAUUGGCAAAAGAGCUUGAUGGAGAUGAUAUUUUGCUCCGAUUGAACAGCAUUGAGCUGCUGACGCAACUUGCAGAUUCAGGAACGAAUGGGCUGAUGUUUGUAGAAGAAAGUGGCACGGCAAACAAGCUAAACCAUUUGUUGAUAACUGCUGAAGCGGAUCCCCUGAUGUCUUUGAUGUUACCAAAUAUUAUCAGAUUCUUUGGUUAUCUGGCUCAGUCCAGACCAGCAGAAGUGACUCAGCAGUAUCCAGUGUUCUUGCAAAUUGUCAUCUCCUUCCUCACAGCUGCAGAUCCAUCACUUAAACUGAUUGCAAUAGAAACAGUUGGUGCUGUGUCACAUUCAGAAGCAGGACUACGAGUAUUAUUUGAUGACAAGAGCCGCAUUCAGGAGGUCAUGAAAAUCUUGUGCACAAACAUCAGUUCCUCCCAAGCUGAUGUGAAGACUCGUUCGCUGGAAACACUGGCCUUGAUUUUUCAUUCUACAGAAGUUCCCUCUGAGGAUUUGUCAGUCUUGACAAAAUCGCUCUUCAGUGCAAUGACAUCUAAUCCGUUUCAGGAGUUGAUGGAAAUUUCCAAACAACCUUUUCAAGAUGUUCACUUUGCUGUGUUGAAAGUGUUGAGAAGUCUUGCCAAGUACCGAUGGGCUCAAGAAAACAUGACCACUUGCCCAGGUUUCCUUGAGUACCUUUUGGACAGGAAGACAGAAACAGACAAGACUGGUAAAGAACUCAAGUAUGAGUUUAUAGCAGAACUUGUUCAUUCUCCGUUCUCAAAGGAAGUGUUUGACAAACCCAUUCAUUUACGACUGCGGGAGUAUGAACGUGAAGGGCCAUUCUAUGUUCGAGCUGAGGCAGCUGUAGCAUUUGAAGGAGCAGACUAAAACAACUUUGCUGUGGCUGUAAUUAAUGUUUGGUCACCCUAGUGUACUGCAAUCCACAAAAAAUUAGUUACAUUUAGAUCAGGUCAGUUCAAAUCAUACCAUUCAUAGCACAAAGGGACUUCCAUUAAGAGUGUUUGAGCUGUUUGUCAUUGUACAGGUUAUGAAGUAUUGCUAUUAGUUUAUGAAGCUGGUGAGUUUUUCUGUCUUUUCCAUUCUGAUGUAUGGAAGGAAAUAACCUCUCCGCAAAGGAAAUUUUGAUCUUGUGUAUUUUACAUUUAAAAAAAAGACUAUUACCUUGAUUAUGUAGACAAAGGAUGGGUAGCAAACCUUUUUAAUUGUUCUUCUUUAAAAAAUAAAUAAAAAGGAAUUGGAGCUUGAA